AUGAAUAAUAAAAAUGUGAUUGUAGAUAUUCAGGGAUGGCUGGGUUAUGACAAUGUAUAUACAGUCGAGCCAAUUGGUAGAUGUGGCGGUUUAGCUCUGUUUUGGAAGAAGGGAGUAGAGAUUGACUUUCUGUUUGUAAAUAAGAAUGUCCUAGAUGUUGAAGUGGUAAUGGGGGAAGCGAAGUUCUUUCUCUCUUGUGUAUAUGGUAACCCAAAUAGCAGUUUCAGGAAUGAAGUUUGGGAAAGGCUUUCUCGGAUUGGUAUUCCUAGGAAACAAGGAUGGUGUAUGGUAGGAGAUUUCAACGAAAUCUUACACAAUGGCGAGAAACUGGGGGGUCCAAGAAGAAGUGAAGCAUCCUUUGUUGAUUUUAGGGAUAUGUUAAAGUGCUGUGAGAUGUCAGAAUUGAUCAGUGUAGGGAAUGGCUUUACUUGGGGUGGUAGAAGGGGAGAUCUAUGGAUUCAGUCUUUCCUAGACAAGAAAGGGUCUGAUCAUAGGCCUGUUUUGGUUAAAUUGAUCUCUUCUCAAGAAGUUUACAGAGGAAGCUUUAGAUUUGAUAAGAGGAUGCUUCACAAACCUUUGGUCAAAGAGACUAUUAAACAGGCAUGGCAGGCCUCUUCAUCCCUCUUUGGUCAAAAGACUUCUGAAAGAUUAAGAAGAUGCAGAAAGUCCUUGAGUAAAUGGAAAAGAAACAAUGUUACUAACUCACAGGUAAAGAUCAAUAGGAUUCAAGAGGCCAUUGAGGAAGAGCAUGCUCUUCUACGGCCGUCUUUCCCAAGAAUGGCUUAUCUUAAAAGAGAAAUGGUUUAUGCCCACAGAGAAGAAGAGAGCUAUUGGCAACAAAAAACAAGACACAAGUGGCUGCAUUCUGGAGAUAAAAACACAAAAUUCUUCCAUGCUUCAGUCCAUGCUGAAAGAACGAAGAAUAAUCUUGAUAGGCUGAUGGAUGAGGAAGGGAAAAUUCAUAAAUCAGAGGCGUCCAAGGGUGACGUGGCUGCUCGUUACUUCCAACAAUUAUUCUCUUCUUCUUAUCCUGGGGAGAUCGAUCUCAGGUUCUUUCAAAAUUUUGAACCUAGAGUUUCUGAUGAGAUGAAUUCUUGUCUGGUUGCUGAAGUCACAAAAGAUGAAAUUAGAGCGGCGGUUUUUGCUAUUAAACCUUCUAGUGCUCCUGGUGCUGAUGGUAUGACAGGUCUCUUUUUUCAACAAUACUGGGACAUUAUUGGGGAGCAGGUUACAAAGGAUGUAAUGAGGUUCUUUAAGGAGGGGAUUUUUGAGAAAGAAUGGAAUUUUACUCAAUUAUGCCUUAUUCCAAAGAAAGUCAAUGCUUCCUCGAUGGCUGACAUGAGACCGAUAAGUUUGUGCUCAGUAAUGUACAAGAUUAUAUCUAAGAUCAUGGUCUCAAGACUCAAGCCAUUACUAGCUGAGAUAGUGUCCCCAAAUCAAUCCGCUUUUGUGCCAGAAAGGCUUAUCUCGGACAAUAUCAUCAUAGCUCAUGAAGUUGUACACAGUCUAAGGACACAUGCCUCCACUUCGAAAGAGUUCAUGGCGAUCAAGACAGAUAUGUCUAAGGCUUAUGAUAGGGUUGAGUGGAGUUAUUUAAAGGUUUUACUUGGAGCUUUGGGGUUUCAUGCACAAUGGAUUGAUUGGAUAAUGAUGUGUGUGACUACGGUUUCUUACACGGUGUUGAUCAAUGGUCAGGCCUUUGGAAUGGUGGAACCACAAAGAGGUUUGCGUCAAGGAGACCCUCUGUCUCCAUUUUUAUUUGUCUUAUGCACAGAGGGACAGACUCACAUGUUAAACAGAGCCGAGACGGAAGGGAGUUUGAAUGGGCUGCAGUUCUCUCCUGAGGGACCCUCAAUUCAUCAUCUCCUAUUUGCUGAUGAUAGUUUGUUUGUGUGUAAGGCAAACGAAUAUCAGUGUGAAGCUAUUCUUCAAGUGCUGGAGGUUUAUGGAAGGGCCACUGGGCAACUCAUUAACUUUGAUAAAUCCUCUAUCACUUUUGGGGCCAAGGUUGAUGAUAGUAUGAAAGAGAGAAUCAGGACCAAGACCAAGAUAACUAAGGAGGGAGGAGCUGGAUCUUACUUGGGGCUCCCUGAAUGCUUUAGUGGAUCGAAUAUUGAUAUGCUGGACUACAUCAAUGAAAGAAUGAAAAACAGGUUUUCGGGCUGGUUUGCUAGAUCUUUGUCUCAAGGUGGAAAAGAGAUCCUAAUUAAAUCUGUUGCGAUGGCGAUGCCGGUUUAUGCUAUGUCGUGCUUUAAACUUCCAAAAGCGACUUGUGUCACAUUAUCAAGUGCAAUGUCAGAUUUCUGGUGGAAUACUAUGGAGAAUAAGAGGAAGAUCCAUUGGGUAGCUUGGAACAAAAUGUGCCUUCCUAAAGAUCAAGGGGGUCUCGGUUUCAAGGAUAUAGAGAUUUUUAAUCAAGCCUUGUUAGCUAAGCAGGCCUGGAGACUCCUACAUUAUCCAGAUAGUCUUUUUUCCAGGUUCAUGAAGAGUAGAUAUUUCGAAGACGAGCAGUUCUUGGAGGCCUCUAAAGGCAACAGACCUUCUUUUGCUUGGAGAAGUAUUCUGUUUGGGAGAGAACUGUUGGAAAAGGGUUUAAGACAGUGGAUAGGAGAUGGAGAGGCGACUUAUGUGUGGACCAGCCCUUGGAUAAUGGAUGGGAGAAUGAGAGCCCCAUUCAUGAAAAACAUUUUGGUGAAUGUGGACAUGAAGGUAAAAGAGCUCAUUGAUCCUAGCCUGAAGUAUUGGGAUUUGGAUGCUCUAAAUGAGCAUUUUUUUACCAAAGAUAUCGAGAUAAUCCUUAAGAUGAAACCAGUGGUCUCUUCCCCGGAUUUUAUGUGCUGGCAACAUAAUAAAAGUGGCGAAUACUCAGUAAAAUCCGGCUAUUGGUUGGCAUCACAAAAGCAGAACGCAGAGGCUAUACAAGAAGCUACAUGGCAACCUUCCCUAAAUGCUAUAAAGAAUAAGAUAUGGGAAUGUCAAGCUCCGACUAAGAUCAAGUUGUUCUUGUGGAAAACAAUGAAUGGGGCAAUCCCGGUGGCUGAAAGACUGAUGUCUAGAGGAAUCAAAACGGAUCUGAGAUGUCAAAUCUGUGGAGUGGAAGGUGAAUCGAUUAACCACGUCCUCUUUGGCUGUUCUCUAGCAAGACAGGUUUGGGCCCUUUCUGACAUUCCCUCACCAGAAAAUGGAUUCCAUCCUAGUUCCCUUUAUCAGAACUUGGAUUAUGCUCUGAACAUUGCAAAGAAUGAUGUGGGUGAAGGUAAUGUAAGAAGAUCUGUCCCUUGGACCCUAUGGCUAUUAUGGAAAAAUCGGAACUCUCUAGUUUUUGAAGGAAUGACUUUCAUGAUAAAGGAGAUGGUUAGGAAGAUUAGGGAGGAUACUGAUCUUUGGUUUUUAGCCCAACAAGUUGAACAAGAGGAAGUAAGUGGUGAGGUUGCAAAGUCCACAAUCUAUAAGAAUUCUUGGCGACCUCCGGAUAAGCCAUGGCUCAAAUGUAACAUUGCCUCCUUGUGGGAUAAAGAGAAGAAAAGAGGAGGAGCUGCUUGGGUUCUCAGAAAUUCUGAAGGUACAGUUCUUCUCCACAGUAGAAGAAGCUUUAGUUUCAUGGACUCAAAAAAUGAUGCAGAGAUUUGCUGUUGGCGUUGGGCGAUUGAGAGUAUGAGAAGCCUCAAAGUUAUAAGAGUCAUCUUUGCAGUGGAAGCAAAGGACUUAGUGGAUGCGGUUUCUAGACCUCAUGCAUGGCCAGCCUUCAAGUAUCAAUCGGAAGUUAUUUUAGGUGAUCUAACUCAGAUUCCUUUUUGGAGAUUACUUAAAGAAAAUAAAAGUGCUAACAAAGGAGCUUUCCUUAUUGCUCAAAGUGUGAUAAGAGAGGAUCGUAGCCAAUCAUACGUAGCAUCAAGCUACCCUUCAUGGCUUCAUGAGGUGUUCACCGAAGAGAUGUACAUUACAUAA